CGAAGAGAUGUCACGAUUACUUUGUCCACUCCUGUCAACUCGUGAGAAUGGCCUUCUUUGCAGCUUACUAAGUCAUGACUGCGGCAUAUUAGCAUGCAGUGUUGUCCAGCUGGUUAUCGCAGACCCUCCACAGAAAAAAGAGUGGAAAAUUCACAGUUUUGGAAUUGUAUGUCUGGUACAAGAUAAAACCCUGCAUUCAACAUUCAUGAGGCUCUAUUGUCUUAAGAAGGCCAAAUUGGUAUGGGAACAGGAGCUGUAUACACCGUUUGAGUACUCAGAGGCUUGUCCAUACUUCCACACCUUCCCUGGUGAUGAGUGUCGUACAGGACUGAACUUUGCUGAUGAGGAGGAGGCAAAGCAGUUCUACAAUGCUGUGCAGAAGCAGAUCAGUGAAAACAAAGCAGCUCAAUCUGUGCUUACACGCAGUUACAUUGUGGGGUCAGUCUCUGAAUGGAAAGACAAGCUAGACAAAUGUCUCAGAGGAUCUGCAAUGAACAAGAGUCUUCCUGUAAGGAAUACAUCCAAUAUCCUGCACCAUAAUGAUUCAGAGGCAACACUUGCAGAAAGCAGUCCCACAGUUGCUAGCACAAAGUCCAGCCAGUUUUUUGACUCACCACAAACUCCCUGCAGUGCUAAUGAAGACUCUAUCUCCCUCGCCCAAAGAAAGGGGCCCCUCCCACCUAUUCCUUCUCAUACCAGAGCAGGCAUGGUAAAGGUAAAUCACACUGGUGGUGAGGAAAACUCUGACUCCACCUUUCCCAUUUUAUCAUUGGUGCCAUCUCCUCCCUCCUACCCUGCACCAAAAGUACCAACAAGUUCAGCUGGAAUAAAGAAAAGCGCAAGCUUUGCGCCUAAGGUUAAAGAUGUCUCCCCAGCUGGAAUGAAGCGCUUUCAAAGUUUUCAUUUUAACGCUGACAAGGAACAUGGGUCUGGCUUUGAUGAUUACCUUUAAAAAUACCAGUAAAACCACCUUCCUCUCCAUGACUGUGGCACUUUAUGACUCGACAACACAAGUCACCCAAAACUAAAUGUUACAAACUGAAAUAUGUCAUAUUGUCGUAUUUUUCUUAACUCUAAACUGGAGUUCUGUUUUAAUAAUAAACAGAACAUGUUUAUUUGCGUAUUUUAGCAAAUUUACCUGAAAUUACAGCACUGAAAUUACAGUACAGGUGUGACCAAAGCUGAACAACAAUACACGUUAUGUAGCUCCUCUUAGAACUUGGUAGUGCAAUACUACAGAUAUUGUUGGCUUUUGUAUAAAAAAUUGUUAUGUUCCUCAUUGUAAGUCGCUUUGGAUAAAAAUGUCUGCUAAUGACUAAAUGUAAAUGUCAUUUAAAGCAAUGUCUUUCUUCUCAAGGAAUGACGGAAUGGAUGGAAUUUAUCAGGCUCCAUUUCUCACUUUUUUAGUUUGAAAUUGAUUUACUUUGCAGAGCCUAUUAUGGACUAAAAAUAAAUUUAAAAAAAUGUAAAUGGUCCCAAAAAAGUAUUUGGACACUUUAAAGCCACCCUUAAAAAUGUAUGAAUUUCAUAGCAUUAGAUCCUUGGUUGAGAGUAGUUGCAAAAAUAAUUUCUAAGAAAAGCUCUAGAAUCAUUUGUUUGGAGAUGCCAUUUGGUUUGAUUUUGUGGCCAAAUACUUUUUGGGGCUUCUGUUUUAACGUUGCGAUGGAAUCAAAACUAAUAAAAGCAUAACGUAUGGAUAUGUAUGCUAUAACUACAAAGUCCAAAUACUUUUUGUCUUAAUUUUGAAAAUGUUUUGCUUUAAAAUGUACAACCUU